AUGGCCAAACACACACAUCCAUUCCACAUAGUAGACCAAAGUCCAUGACCCUUAACUGGAGCUCUAAGAGCUCUCACUUUAACAAUAGGACUCAUUAAAUGAUUUCAUAAAAUAAAUCCUAACCUAUUAAUACUAGCUAUAUUUAUUACUUUAGUAACAAUAAUCCAAUGAUGACGAGAUAUCAUCCGAGAAUCCACCUUCCAAGGAAACCACACUUCAAUUGUAAUAUCAGGACUACGGUGAGGAAUAAUCCUAUUCAUCGUAUCAGAAAUUCUAUUUUUCGCUUCAUUUUUCUGAGCAUUUUUCCAUAGAAGACUUUCCCCAAGUAUUGAACUAGGAUCCUCUUGACCACCUUCAGGUAUUUCACCUUUUAAUCCUUUUCAAAUCCCUCUUCUUAAUACCGCAAUUUUACUAUCAUCAGGCGUAACCAUUACUUGAGCCCACCACAGAAUUAUGGAAAACAAUCACCCUCAAUCUCUUCAAGCCCUAUUCCUUACUAUCAUCUUAGGUCUUUACUUCACUAGCCUGCAAGCCUGAGAAUACUGAGAAGCCCCAUUCUCUAUUGCAGACUCAGCCUACGGAACAACCUUUUUUGUAGCCACAGGUUUUCACGGACUUCACGUAAUCAUUGGCACAUCAUUCCUUUCCAUCUGCUUCAUCCGCCUAAUAUUUUUUCACUUUUCCCCUAAUCACCACUUUGGGUUUGAAGCUGCCGCAUGAUACUGACACUUUGUUGAUGUAGUUUGACUCUUCCUCUUUAUCUCUAUUUACUGAUGGGGAUCUU